AUGAGCUCACAGCUGGUUGACAACCCUCAUCGGACCAAGCGCCCUUCAGCUUCAUCUCAGCAUACCUAUGUACCUCGUUCGGCUCGGAUCGGCUCGGAUCUCUCUUGUCGCGCACUGAUCAAACAGAGCUCCAAGUCCUUUCCUGCCUUCAAUCGGACCCCCAGCCUCGCACUUCAUUUAUCGAAGUCACAGACAGACACAUCGGACUCCGAUGUUGUUUGGUGUCGCCUCCGAUGGGCCAAGGGCUGUCACCGGACUGCCUCGCGCUUCGAGCGCCGGGGGAAGAAACCCUUUGGAAUAAUCUUCUUCCACAGCGUCGAGUGGGGUCAGUACGGCAUGGGCUUAUCGCAGUACUCUCCCUCUCGUAUCAUAAUCAGUCUGGACUCUGGGCGAUGCGAAGCGGCUUGUAAUUGUCUCAGCCCACACCUCCCGAUGCCCUCAACGCUUCGUCUUCGGCAAUAG